AUGACAUCCGAGUAUGUCGAUAUACCCCGAUAUCUCUGUUACAAAGACGGAGAUGGAGGUUUGGACGAUGGUCGGAACUAUGAGCUCAAAAGAGCUAAUCACAUACUCCACACUCGGAUCCUCAGAAUGCAUCGAGAUAAGCUUUGCAAAGGCUGUGCGCGCUUUGACUGGUUGAGAACACACUUCUACACGCGCGAUGUCCAUUGGAUGGAUGAGGGAGUUCGAUGGGCGGGCGAGAAGAUCCGUAACGGGGAUCAGCGAAUAUCCGGUUUCGAUUUGCGUUACCGCAAUCUAGAAAACGUUCAAGAUGACGUGAUCUGGCCUCGUUUCGAAGUUCUAGCAGGGGCACGCCGAGAAGCAAAGUGGUUAGCGAAGGAUCCUAGGUUCCGCUGGCAAGUUCGAAAGGACCAGGUCCACCAAUGUCAGCUUUGCAAUGUAUUGUGGGAUAAGGCAGAAGCAGUAGGGGAAGUCACAACGUUACACGAUGGUAACGAUCCGGCAUUCCUCGAAAUUCUGCUCAUGGGCGGUCCAGUGUUCGAGGACGGGGGAGAACAUCAAUGCAUUGACGCUUGGCCCGACUUUGAGACGAAUGCAGGGUCUGCAACUAACGGUGUCAAGGUUUACCUAUCAGGCGACGAACAUGAUCUAGGAGCCCCAAUUUCAUUUUGUAUCCGCCCUUUCAUGGAAGAGAUGCCUUACCAACUCAACGAUUUACCACAUUGUUGCUUAAAGAAGCGCCGGGUGGGCACAAAUGUCAAUUUCGAUCUCGUGAUAGGAUGGCUGGGGUUGUGCGAUGGAACGCAUGAACAUACCACAAGCCCCACCUACUCCAUAUCGGCCCUAAAAGAUCUUCGGUUCAUUGAUACCAAAAGUCGAUGUGUCGUACAGCAAGAUCAGCCCGUGCGCUAUGCAGCACUCAGCUAUACCUGGGGCUCGGGAGAACAGUACUGUUUGAAACGAGAGAACAUAGAAGUCCUGAAAGAACCCGGUUCACUGGAUCGUACCAAUAUAGCGAUCAGAAAGGUGAUCAUCGAUGCGAUUGAGGUGUGUGUGAAGGCAGAUAUCCCAUAUUUGUGGGUAGAUGCGCUCUGCAUCGUCCAGGACGACGAACAGGGCAAGAUAUUUCAGAUUCAAAACAUGGACUCUGUCUACUCCAAUGCCUACGUAACCAUCGUUCAGGCAGCAGAAAAACGAACGAAUCUUGCUGAAAACCCGUUGGAUCAAAACUCAAGUAUGGGUCUGUCUGGAGUGUCCACACCAUUUACUCCAAUCAAGCCAAGCUUUACUGUAGAUGGGUUGUCGUACUUGGUCGAUCACAACAACAUUCAAAGAACGUUGGAUGAAAACGUCUCAAGCACCAAGUGGUCUUCUCGUGGCUGGACCUUCCAAGAGCUCGUGCUUUCGCAUCGAGUCCUCCUAUUCCUUGCCGAAGAAGUAGUCUUCUACUGUUCAAAUGGUGUGGCGUGCGAGAGUAUAUCCCUUGGCGACGACCUGUAUAGAACGCUUCCGCCGAUGAAGCAACCCAGUCUACAUCAAGAGUCCAGUAUUCAAAUUUGCGGCUUUCUGCAAAAGUUGCCAAGGGGGGAUACAACAUUAAUCGAUCUUAUAGAGCAGUAUGAAGAGAACUAUCUUCAGCUACUCAGCUUCUAUAUCGGAAGAAAUUUGACUUACGAUACCGAUGUACUCAAUGCGUUCUCUGGGGUCAUCAACGUACAAUCUGUUUUACUGGGUGGCUUUGAAUGGGGAAUGCCACUGCGUUUGUUUGCAAGAGCGUUAUUCUUGUCGGUAACGCCCCAAUCCGGCCCACUAAGCCGGCGGAACGGAUUUCCUUCUUGGUCUUGGAUCGGCUGGAAAGUCGACGUCAGCUCUUCAAGGACUGCAUUAGAUAGCGGCGGUUACAGAAGAGCGAUGCGUCGUGGCUACUGGACGCUUGUGCAGAUACAUUCAUGCACUGAACCUGGAAAUCCUGUCCUUCUUCUGGGCCCACUGGAUUUCAACAACGGCACCGAGGGAUACUGUAUCCGCUCUAUCGAGCUUUACAACCAGCUCACAUCUGCACCGCCUCUUCCUACCGAGCCUUGUGUCGAAGAAGCGCCGCUCUUCCACAUCGCACUUAACGAAAGCCUGCAAACAUUGCUCAUGUUCUGGACUCAUAUUGCGCCUCUAAGAUUGUCCUUAACAACUGAAUACGGCGAUCUCCCUGAGAAAGCGACAACGACAAUGGCAUCUCUUCGCUUCUCAAGGAUGCUGCUUCGCCGAUUCGUACGCCCAGCUCCGCCUGCGUUCCGCUUUCAGCCUUUCACAGCUCCGCUCCAACGCCGAACCCUCGCAUCACACCAAGAUGCAACCUACCCCCAAGUUCCAUAUGAAAAAGCUGAGAGUGUUGGGCAAAAGAGAUUCAGCCAGUUCGACCUCGACGGGAAAGUGUUCGUGGUUACAGGUGGAGGUCGUGGACUAGGACUAUGCAUGGCUGAAGGGCUCGUAGAAGCUGGUGGCAAGGUGUACUGCCUCGAUCGGUUGCCAGAGCCUCCUCAAGCGUUCCAAGAAGCCCAGACACGGCUCAAGAGCAAUCACGGUGCCAGUCUGGAGUACCAUAACGUGGAUGUGACGCACGAGGAGGCAAUGCGGAAGUGCAUCGGGGAUAUUGCGUCAAAGCAUCAACGGCUCGAUGGCCUUAUUGCAGCCGCCGGCAUCCAGCAAGUAACUCCGGCUAUUGAGUUCCAGAAGAAAGACAUCCAAAAGAUGCUAGACGUCAACUACACUGGCGUGUUCCUAGCAGCACGAGAAUGCGCCCGCCAGAUGAUGCAAUACAAGAUCCAGGGAUCGAUCUGCCUCGUCGCAAGCAUGAGCGGAACCAUCGCCAAUCGCGGUUUCAUCGCACCUGUUUACAACUCGUCCAAGGCAGCGGUGGUACAGCUAGCACGGAACCUAGCCAUGGAGUGGGGAAGGAAGAAUCCAGACGGCUCAGGUGGUAUCCGAGUCAAUUCUUUGAGCCCCGGUCACAUCGUUACACCGAUGGUGCAGGCCAACUUCGACAAGGGCGAGGCAAACCGCGAGGAAUGGGAGAAUAACAGUAUGCUGGGUCGGCUCAGCACGCCGGAAGAGUACAAGGCUGUGGGCUUGUUCAUGUUGAGCAAGGCAAGCAGCUACAUGACUGGGCAUGAUCUAAAGUUGGAUGGUGGCACUACCGCCUGCCACGCAAGAGCGCGAAACAACUCGAGCCUGCAAGCGCUGCAGCUCUACAAAUACGACAUACUCACCAUGGACCGGUUAGCACGUCUCCUCAGCUGCGUGCUGCUCGCCCUCCUCCCCCUCACCGCAGCCCUCAAAUUCGAUCUCCACCCCGUAGCAGCACACGACUCCGCCAAGUAUGAGCGAUGCAUUAGGAACUUUGUUGCGAGGGAACAAUUGGUUGUUGUCACGGUGAUCAUGGACGGAUAUCGGGGGGAUGGACAGAGGGUGGAUAUGCAUAUCCGCGACGCAAUGGGCAACGACUACCACCGUCCCAAAGACGUCGUAGGUGAGAACCGCUACGCCUUCACCUCGCACGCCGACUCCGCCUUUGACGUCUGCUUCGAAAACAUCUUCACCUCGUCCGGCUCCUCCAAGUCCAUCACCCCGCGCCACGUCGAGCUCGACAUUGACAUUGGCGCCGAUGCCAAGGACUGGAAUGCCAUUGGAGCCGCCGACAAGCUGAAGCCCGUUGAGGCGGAGCUCAGGAGGAUCGAGGAGGUUGUUGGAGAGAUUGUCACGGAGAUGGAUUACUUGAGGAGUCGCGAGCAGAAGCUUAGGGAUACCAAUGAGAGCACUAAUGAGAGAGUCAAGUGGUUUGCGUUGGGUACCAUGGGUAUGCUUGUUGGGCUUGGGGCUUGGCAGGUUGUGUACCUUCGUGCCUACUUCAGGAGCAAGCAUCUCAUCUAG